ACAGCAGUGGCAGCAUUGCAGCAGCAGUGGCAGCACUGCUUUCUGCUUCACUGCAGACCUUUCAGUCAAGAAAACACCCAAAAAUAAAACAUCAAAAAUACCCACCUACUUUCCAAUAAUCCAACAUAUUUUUCCUUCUAUAUAAAAUUGUACUGUUCACCAAAUAUAUAUCUUUUACUGUUUACAUGUACAUAUCUAAAUCAAAUUAUUAAGUCUUCUUAAUUAAAGCUUCUGUUUUUGAUAUCUAAAACAAGACUACCCCCCCUCCUCCCCCCAUAAAAAAAAGCUUUCUCCUUUGGUUUCUUUUGAAGGGGUCUCUCGACAAUCGACUCCUUUAAAGUUUGGCAAAAAAAAAAAAAAAAACCAUGCUCUCUAAAUAUGCAGUCAUGAAAUGCCCUUCUUCUUCAUAAACUCACUUCCAUUACAAAAAAAAAAAAGAACCCAAAGCUUUCUCUAACUUUUUGAGAAAACCCUUUUUUUUCUUUGACUCCCCCAAUGGGGUGUUUAAUCGAUCUGAACGCUACUGAAGAAGAUGAAACGCCGUCGUCUUGUUCUUUAUCCCCAUCUUCUGUAUUGAGUGCUUCUGGUUUUAGUUCUUCAGUUUGUUUAGAGCUUUUGCAUGCUUGUGUUGGUCCACUUAUAUCUUUACCAAAGAAAGGAAGUGUAGUGGUCUACUUCCCUCAAGGCCACUUGGAACAAGCUCCCGAAUUUUCCGGCUUAGCUUCAGUUUAUGAUCUUCCUCCUCAUGUGUUUUGUCGGGUUCUUGAUGUUAAGCUCCAUGCUGAGGGUGCUACAGAUGAGGUUUAUGCUCAAGUUUCACUGGUUCCUGAUAAUGAGCAAACUGAGCAGAAGUUGCAAGAGGUAGACGGUGAGGAUGAGGAUGCCGAAGCAGAUAUGAAGUUAGCCACGCCGCACAUGUUCUGUAAGACCCUUACGGCUUCCGAUACCAGUACUCAUGGUGGUUUCUCCGUUCCACGUCGAGCUGCGGAGGAUUGCUUCCCUCCCUUGGAUUAUGAUCAGCAGAGGCCAUCACAAGAGCUCGUUGCAAAAGAUCUACAUGGUGUAGAAUGGAGAUUUCGACACAUUUAUAGAGGGCAACCACGGAGGCAUUUGCUCACUACUGGGUGGAGUGCUUUCGUAAACAAGAAGAAACUCGUAUCCGGAGAUGCUGUGCUUUUUCUUAGAGGCGAGGAUGGAGAACUGAGGCUGGGAAUCCGAAGAGCUGCCCAAAUUAAAAACGGGGCUUCUUUUCUUUCUUUGUGCAGCAAGCAGUUGAACCGCAGCACUUUUGCAGAUGCGGUCCAUGCUAUAUCUAUGAAAAGCGUUUUCAGCAUUUACUACAAUCCAAGCAGGGCUAGUUCGUCGGAGUUCAUAGUUCCGGUCUGUAAAUUCAGGAAGAGUCUUGAUCGUUCAUUUUCUGUUGGAAUGAGGUUCAAAAUGCGGUUUGAAACUGAAAAUGCACCAGAACGAAGUUGUAGAUCCUCGGGACUCAUAACUGGAACUAGUGAUUUGGAUCCUGUUAGAUGGCCUGGUUCAAAAUGGAAAUGCUUGUCGGUAAGGUGGGAUGAUAUUGACGCCAACAAGCACGGGAGGGUUUCUCACUGGGAAAUUGAACUUUCCGGUUCUAUUUCUAGUUCUAACUGCUUGCUCUCACCCUGUUCGAAAAGGAACAGGGUUGGAUUGCCUUCAGGAAAACCGGAACUUAUGGUUCCUGAUGGAAUUGGAGCACCCGACUUUGGGGAACCUUUGCGGUUCCAAAAGGUCUUGCAAGGUCAAGAAAUAUUGGGUUUUAGCACUCUUUAUAAUAGUGCUGAUAGUCACAACAUGCAUUGGUCUGAAAUACGACGGUGCUUUCCUGGAUCUAAUGGUUCUGGCAUUGCUACAAUUGGAAAUGUUGGUAGAGACCCUCCGUUGAAUCCCGUUAUUUCCUAUAAAGGUGUAGGCUUUGGGGAAUCUUUUGGAUUCCAUAAGGUCUUGCAAGGUCAAGAAAUUUUUCUAAGCUCUCUGUAUAGAAGAGGCUCAACUAUGGAAGAGACUCGAGGAAAUGACAGUGCUGGUCUCCCUAAUGUUGGGCAAAUGUCGGGAACUAGAAGUGGAUGGUCUUCCUCGAUGCAGGGAUAUAAUACACAUAGUCCUGUACAACCAUCUGCGCAAGUUUCCUCACCAUCUUCUGUGUUGAUGUUCCAACAAGCAAGCAAUCCAGUUCCGAACUUCAAUCCUACUCGUAACUUCAACCAGGAAAUGGAGCGGGGAGUGAGUUCUUUUCGUGUGCCUGAAACUUAUGGGGCCAAGUUACUGUCAUCGUCAAUCAGCGAACAUGAUUCACAACCUCUGGCAGCUCAACCUUCUUUUGGGACCAAUCAAGAAUUAGCCUCGUGUAAAAGUAGCUGCAGGCUUUUUGGUUUCUCCUUAACUGAAGGAGAUCUUGAUGCAACUAAGGAAGACAACAUGGUACAUGCAACAUUAUCAUUGGGUCGUGGUUCGCUUUUACCUUGUAUCGGAGAAAAUUUCCAUCCAAAUCCUCCAGCAGUGGCAAGCACAGUUUGGAAGCAAUUGUACUAAAAGUAAGCAAUCUCUAUGCUGUCAAAGGGAACUCUGCAACAUUGUCUUAAACGUUAUGCAGCUGAUGUUUGAGCAUAGAAAGAUGCCCUAUGGUUGCCCAAGUUGCAUGUAUUUUUAUUGCAAGAAUCUAGUUUUCCAUUACCUAAAACUGAAAAAACUUGUAAUAAAUUUAUGAAAUGACUUUGAUUCUAACUUUUAACUGCUCCAUGGAUAUGUUAAAAACACCAUGUAAUGUAUUGACCUCUGUGAUGGUACUCUACUAUUCUCCAUUCAAGCCUCGUGCACUUUCUGUUCCAUAUAA